AUGCUACGUGAGGGCCCCCAAGUACACGAGGCGUUGUCUCGUCUUCUGACGCCCCAUUUCACUCGAAAAAUUGCUGAUCUAUCUACCUUUGACCCCGGUGUUGCCGGGCAUCAAAAGUCCGACGAAAAGUCGGUCCCCGACCCGCCAGUGCUAAACGACUUUCCAUUGGACACAGCGCGGGGCAGGUAUAUUCGUUCGUUGGCCAAACUGCUGACCACCAAUUCCGUGACCCCUUAUUUGAUUUGGGACAAUCGCUGUCGUGCCGAGUUGGAGGUCAUGUUGGAUGCGAAUAUCCAGCAGUUGAUUCGAACG